AGUAGAUAUAGCUCUUUGGAGAUUUGUCCCUUCACCUCCACAACAAAGGCAUUUUCAUUGUGUACAGGUUGAACAAGCCACAAUAAGUAGGCUGUUUAGAACGGCAGAGUAAAAUAUAAAUAUAUCGCGACUCUAUGAGGAGCUCUACAGUCGGCAGAAAUACCUGAAUCUACAUAGUAGCCUAGGCUAUAUCUUUAAGAAUGGUGACCUAGUGUGUGUGUGUGUGUCUAUCUUUCUGUCUUAUUUUCUUUCUCUCCCUCCCUCCCUUGCUGAUUCUGUUCCGGCUGGAACAUAAAAAAAUGUUUCUGGUUUCGUUUCUGUUCCUAGCAAAUUAUCAAAAAGUUUCUGUUUAUUGUUUUCGUUCUGUGAACUGGUUCAAAGCUUUUGAUUAAUUUCCUGUAAAGUUUCUUAUUAAAUGAGAAAAUAGGCUUGUACGAUAGGGAUGUCCUUGACUCAAUCCAAAUAAAGACCUUCUUCUAUUACACAACACAAUAAACCGUUGUACUGGGAAGUGGCAACCAGUCAACCUGCUAAGCAAUUUGGCAACAGUCGGAGCUGGCAACCCAGCCCCUGUUCUGCUUGUUCAACAAGCGGUAGAGAGAAUCAGCUAGUAAGAAAGUAGACUCCUAGUCUGGCCAUAAGCAGUAGGCAUCUACGGACAUCUACACACAGGUGCAAAUCCCACCAGGUGACUUCUUCACAGAGUUUAUAUGGUGAUGCCGUUUAAUGUGGUGAUUGCAUGUGUUGGCCAAAUGAGCACUACAUGAGAAUUGUAAUUACACCUCUCACUUUUGCCUGGAUGGGACAAGUACAGUUUUGAAAUGAAAAACAUUGCACCUUUUAUGUCAGUGUAUGCCUAUGUGUGUGUGUGUGUGUGUGAGAGUGUUUUUUGUAGACAUAAUGGACUUUGAUCCAGAUCAGAAAGAGAAGAAGGGCGGAGUCUCCCAAAGGAGUAUGUCCCCAUGUGACUCUUACAGAUCCAGAUGGACACCAAAGAAUGCAUGGCUCAGAUCCACACUGAAGAUGAAGUUUCAGCAUUUGGUUGAGGGAAUACCUCAUCAGGGAGAAACCAAACUCCUUCAUGAGACAUACACAGAGCUCUAUAUCACAGAGGGGGGAGGAGGAGAGGUCAAUGAUGAACAUGAGGUCAGGCACAUAGAGAGAGCAUCCCAGAUAGAAAGAGCACAAGGCAGACCAAUCAAAUGCAGUGAUAUCUUUAAGCCCUUAUUGGAAGGAGACAACCGGAGUAAAAGGUGGACUGCACCAUUCAGAUACAUCAAAGACAUCUUUAAAUCCACACACAGACAACACAGACCCAUCAGAAUGGUGCUGACAAAGGGUGUGGCUGGGAUUGGAAAAACAGUCUCUGUGCAGAAGUUUAUUUUGGACUGGGCUGAAGGAAAAACAAAUCAAGAUGUCCACUUCAUAUUUCCUCUUCCUUUCCGGGAGCUGAACCUGAUGAAGGAGAAGGAAAUGUGCCUGAGGGAUCUUGUUCAGAUCUUUUUCCCAGAAAUACAAUCUCAAGAAAUCUUCACCAAUUCAAGACACAGAAUCAUGUUCAUCUUUGAUGGUCUGGAUGAGUGUCGACUUCCUCUAGAUUUCCACUCCAACCCAACGUGCAGUGAUGUGACAGAGCCGGCAUCAGUGGACGUGCUGAUGACCAACCUCAUCAUGGGGAAUCUGCUUCCCUGUGCUCUCCUGUGGAUCACAACCCGACCAGCGGCAGCCAAUCAGAUCCCUCAUGGGUAUGUGGACCAGGUAACAGAAAUAAGAGGAUUCAAUAACCUACAGAAAGAAGAGUACUUCAGCAAAAGAAUCCGAGAUGAGAACCUGGCUAACAGAACCAUCGCACACCUGAAGUCAUCCAGGAGCCUCUAUAUCAUGUGCCACAUUCCAAUCUUCUGCUGGAUUUCAUCCACUGUUGUAGAGAGAACAUCAGUUGAAUCAGAGAAAGUAGAAAUACCACGGACUCUCACACAAGUGUACACACACUUCCUGGUCAUUCAGACUAGCAUAAAAAAGGACAAGUACACAGACAGAAAAGAAAGAGAUGAUGAAAUGAUUUUGAAACUAGGGAAAUUGGCUUUCCAACAGCUGGAGAAGGGCAAUCUGAUCUUCUAUGAGGAAGACCUAAGAGAGUGUGGUAUUGACAUCACAGAAGCAUCAGUGUACUCAGGAGUAUGUACUCAGAUCUUCAAAGAAGAGGCUGGGCUUAACCAGGUUAAGGUGUUCAGCUUUGUGCAUCUGAGCAUUCAGGAGUUUCUUGCUGCUUUAUAUGUGUUCCUGUGCUUCAACAACCGAGAAGGAAACAUGCCUGACCAACAGCAAACCUCUCAGCUCUGUACUCUGUUCAGAGCUACAACACUUCAUGACUUACACAAGGCUGCAGUGGAUCUGGCCUUACAGAGUGAGAACGGACACCUGGACCUUUUCCUCCGCUUCCUUCUGGGCCUCUCACUGGAGUCCAAUCAGAAUAUCUUAAGGCACCUUCAUCUACUGACAAGAAGCCAAUCACAGAGCUCAGAGCAAACAGUCCAGUACAUCAAACAGAAGAUCAGAGAUCAGAACAACUCAUACAGAAGGAUUAACCUGUUCUAUUGUCUGAAUGAGCUGAAUAACCAUGCUGUAGUGGAGUACACUGACAGGAGCUCAGAGAGUCUUUCAGUAGUCAUGCUUUUACCAGGAGAAUGGAAGAUUAGGAAAUUUGAGUUUAAGAUGUCAGAAGAGCAGCUGGAUAAGUUUGACCUGCAGAAGUAUAUAAAGACCCCAGAGGAAGAUCUGACUGAGCUCCUCAGUCCAGAUGAAGUUCUUAAGAAGCUACUGCCAGUGGUCGCAGCAUCCACAUCAGUUAUGCUGAUGAGUUGUUCCCUCACAGGGACAAUCUGUGAUGCUUUAGCAUCAGCAGCCAGCUUAACCUCCUGGAGUUUGAAGGAGCUUUUCCUGAGUGGCAAUCAACUUCAUGAUGUAGGAGCUCAGUAUCUCUCAGACCUCAUCAUUAAUCCCCACUGCAAACUGGAGAAACUAGUGCUGGAACGCUGCUCCCUCACAGAAAAGAGCUGUGCUGCAUUAGCAUCAGCUGCCAGCACAAGUUCUUGCUCUUUGAAGUACCUGAGCCUGAGUGAAAAUAACAUCAGUGAUGCAGGAGUUCAGUAUUUUUCAGACCUCCUCAACAAUCACCACUGCAAACUGCAGAAACUAGUGCUGUUUCGUUGUUUCCUCACAGAGAAGAGCUGUGCUGCAUUAGCGUCAGCUGGAAGGUCCACCCCCUGCAGUUUGAAGGAACUGAACCUGAGUCACAAUGAACUUCAUGAUGCAGGAAUUCAGCAUAUCUCAGACCUUCUAAAGAACCCCUACUGCAACCUGGAAAAUCUAGUGUUGGGGAAUUGUUCAUUAACAGAGAAGAGUUGUGCUCAUUUAGCAUCAGCUGCCAGCUCAGCCUUCUGCAGUUUGAAAGAGGUGAACUUAGGAAGCAAUGAGCUUCAUGAUGCAGGAGUUCAGCAUCUAUCAGACCUCCUCAGGAAUCCCCACUGUAAAUGGGAAAAGCUAGUGCUGAGUGGUUGUUCCCUCACAGAGAAGAGCUGUGCUGGUUUAGCAUCAGCUGCCAGCUCAGUCUCUUGCAGUCUGAAGGAGCUGAAUCUGAGUGACAAUGAUCUCCAUGAUGCUGGAGUUCAGCACCUCUCAGACCUCCUCAAGAGUCCCCACUGCAAACUGGAGAAACUAAUACUUGGGGCUUGUUCCCUUACAGAUGAGAGCUGUCUUGCUUUAGCAUCAGCUGCCAACUCAACCUCAUGUAGUUUAAAGGAACUGAUCCUGGGUAAGAAUGAUAUUCUUGAUGCAGGAGUUCAGAAUCUCUCAGACCUCCUUAGGAAUCCCCACUGCAAACUGGAGAAACUAGAGUUGAAUUGGUGUUCCCUCACAGAGAAGAGCUGUGCUACAUUAGCAUUAGGUGCCAGUCCGGCCUGCUCUAGUUUGAAGUGGCUGAAUCUGAGUGACAAUGAUAUCCAUGAUGCCGGAGUUCAGCAUCUAUCUGACCUGCUCAGGAAUCCUCACUGCAAACUGCAGAAACUAGUGUUGUGCCGUUGUUCCCUGACAGAGAAGAGCUGUGAAGCUUUAGCAUCAGCUGCUAGCUCGACAUCCUGUAGUUUGAAGGAGUUGAACCUGAGUGACAAUAAGUUUCAUGAUGCAGGAGUUCAGCACCUCUCAGACCUCCUCAAAAAUCCCAACUGCAGCCUGAAGAAACUAUUAGUGGAUGUUCGUAUCUUUAUAAAGGAGACUCCAGCACCAGCUUCCACUAGCUGCUCACAGUCCUCAGAUGCUGCAGAUCUGCACCUCAGAGACAAAACCCAGCAGGAUCCAGGAGUGGAGCUGCUCUCUGUGGACACUCCUAAGCAGAGAUGGAGCUGCCAUUCCUGUGCCCACAUCACAGACCCUGCACACUGGACUCUGGUGACCCCUUCCAUCUCCAUGGAGAACGGUUUGUGUGUGUACAACAUAAACUCCCCUGCAGGGAGCCAUGAGUGCUCAGAGUCUGGUCUGCGCUGGGCGUGUGCCGGUCCAGUUGCCCUCCAGUACCACUUCAGCAAGGACGAGCUGUUCUGGGCCCAGCUGCAGAUGUUAGGGUACCAACCCGCCGGUCCUCUGAUGGACAUCAAGCUUCUGUCAGGCGAACUGGAAGAGGUACAUCUGCCCCACUCCCUCUGCCUGGGUGGUUCUGACCCGUCUGUGCUGGGAGGUGCAGUCAGGUCCCUGCACAGCGAUGACAGUGACAGUGGCGUUUCCCUGGAGACGUGUGAGCUGAGUCGUUUCCACGGCAAGCUCCUGGGGAGGCGGUUCUCUCUCUGGCAGCUGGUGGUAAAUCUGGGCAUCCCAGUAAAAACCCACUGCGAGGUCCUGAUUUACCAGUCCUGCCCCCAGCCACUGAUCCUCAACGCCUUCCUGGUGCCUGCGCCCUCCACAGCCAGGCAGCUGGUGGAGGAGAGGUGGAAGAGCCGGGGUGCCCUCAGCAUCUGCAAGCCACCCCCCGAUGACUCCCUCUGGGUCAGUUCCAGAUUCCAGCUCUGGACCUCCUGCUCCUCGGUGAUCACUCCCUCGGCGAUGACCCUCAGCUACAACACCUCCCCAACCUUCUUCGAGGUGUGCCUGGAGAACCCACCAAAGAACUUCAACAUGGAGCUUAGACCCACUGAGAGGAAGCAGUCUGUUUGGACAGCUGUCAUGUGGCAGGGAGCUGACUACCUCCAAACUCGAAACCACGCAGACCUGACAGAGCCUUCUGACGCACACAAAGGUCUGAGGACGAGUCAGAAUGUGGCAUCUUCAGUAUAUCUUAACCAAGUCCAGAGAGACAUGAACAUUGCAACAAAUACUCAAGAGGCAGCAGUGUUUGUGGACAGGCACAGAGCUGAGCUCAUUGCCAGGGUGGGUAACGUGAUGCCCAUCGCAGAUGUGCUGCUCUCCAAGGGACUGGUCCACCCUGAGAGGUAUUCAGAGAUCAGAGCAGCUGCCACCAGUGAGGCAAAGAUGCGAGAGAUCUAUGAGUGUCUGCGCUCAGCUGGAGCUGAGGGGAAAGCAGCGUUCUAUGGCGUUCUACUGCAGGAGGAGCCGCACCUGCUCCAAGACCUGAGAACACCUGCAUUAUAGACUAACUAAACCUGCAUUUAUAACCUGACCACACCUGCUUUAAAGACUGAAUAAAGUUGUUUUAAUGACUGCACCUUGAGGAGAGAAGGGAACAUCACAACUCAUACAGUAUUUACUGUGAGGACAUCAAUGAACAAAAUAAGGCAAGAAUUUUUGCAAAUUUAAAAUGAACUCUGCCUUUAAAGGGUGCCUUCUCGAAAGAGCCGUUAAGAGAAUCUCUCUGUAAAAGUUUAAUCGGAGCACAGGUCUAUUUUACAUAAAAUGUAAUCUGAGGAUUGAUUUACUCUGGAAUGAAAUGGAUGGAUCCAGGGGCGCUGCUAGAAAAUGUGGGCCCAAUGACAGACAAGAAUUCUGGGCCCCCGGAAUGUAUUAUCGGAAGCUGUAUCUAAGAACUACCACCAAGAUUUAAUCUUACUAAAGAUGUUGAGUGGUGGGCCUGAGCAAUGACGGGUGGGAGCUCAUGUCGGGAACGUGGUGGUAGGCACUCGGUAGUUACACCACUACCUAGUUGGGGAUGUCAGUGUUGAGCCCUUAGAAGGGCCCAACACUGUGUGUGAGAAUAACCCCCCCACCGUGCGCCCCUGGAUGGAUGGAUUCUGUAAUUUACUUGCAAGUCUAUAAUUUCACAUUUAGUCAUAUGACAGUUGGACUGUGUUAUCUUUCUAUAUGUUUCAUGUAAUGGCCUCUUCCUUCUUUCUGUUUAUCGACCAACUCACAAUGUCUUCUCUGCAAUACCUUUGCCAUUGCUAAUCUGUAAUAUUAGAUAAUAAAAUCACGAUACCUUAAUCCAA